GCCUGUCUUCAAGCUCACUAAUUCUUUCUUCUGCUUGAUCAGUUCUCAUGUUUAGAGACCCUGGUGCAUUCUUUGGUAUAUCAGUUGAAUUUAUCAGCUCCAGAAUUUCUAUUUAAUUUUUAAAAUUAUUUCCAUCCCUUUGUCAAAUUUAUCUGGCAGGAUUCUGAGUUCCUUUUUCCAUCUUUUUGUUAAGUUUAUCUGGCAGGAUUCUGAGUUCCUUCUCUGUGCUAUCUUGAAUUUCGCUGAGCUUCCUCAGUGACAAUGAAUUCUCUGUCUGAAAGGUCACAUAUCACUGUCACUGGGAUUGGUCACUGGUGCCUUAUUUAGUUCAUUUGGUUAGGUCAUGUUUUCUUGGAUGGUAUUGAUGUUUGUGACUGUUGGUCAAUGCAGAGCAUUGAAUAAGUAGGUAUUUAUUGCAAUUUUCACAGUUUGGGCUUAUUUGUACCCAUCCUUCUUCAGAAGGCUUUUCCAAGUACUCAAAGGGAAAUGAGUGUUGUGAUGUAAAUAUUUGGUCACUGCAGCUGUAACUGCAUUAGGGGGCACCCCAAACCCAGUGAUGCUGUGACUCUUGUAGACUCAGAGGUACUGCCUUGAUGGUCUUGGGUAAAAUCCGAGAGAAUUCCCUGGAUUACCAUGCAGAGUCUCUUGUUAUCUUCCCUUACUUUCUCCCAAAUAAAUGGAGUCUCUCUCUCCAUGCUGAGCUGCCUGGAGUUGGGAGAGGAGUGACACAAGCACCCCUGUAGCCACCACUGCUGGAACUGUGCUGUGUCAAACCUGAAGCCAGCACAGUAGUGGGUCUUGCCCAAGGCCUAUGGUAUUGCCUGGUUAUUGCUGAUGUUUAUUCAAAGCCCAAAGGCUCUUUAGUCAGCAGGUGGUGAAUCCAGCCAGGCUUGUGUCUUACCCUUUGGGGUGGCAGGUUCCCUUCUGGCCCAGGGUGGGUUUAGAAAUGCUGUCCAGGAGCUAGGGCAUGGAGUCCGGGCUUUAGAAACCUACUUGGUGCUUUAUUUUACUUGUGGCUGAGCUGGUACCUAAGUUGCAAGACCAACUCCUUUUUAACUCUUUCCUCUCUUUUCCUUAAGCAGAAGGAGUCUCUCCCUGUGGCAACCAUUGCUGGGAAGGCACUGGGUCACACCUGAAGGCAGCACAGUACUGGUCCUCACCCAGUACUGUGGCUAUUACUAAUGUUUAUUCAAGGCCCAACAGCUCUUUAGUCAGCAGGUGAUGAAUCCUUCCAGGACUGGGUCAUUUCCUUCAAAGCAGCAAGUUCCCUUCUGGCCCAUGGUAGCUCUAGAAAUAUCUGGGAGAUAGAGCCUGGCAAGGGGGCUUCAGGACUCUGCGUGGUGUUUUAUUCUACUGUGGCUGGGAUGGUAGCCAAGCUGUAAGACAAAGUCCUCCUUACUUUCCCCUCUCCUUUCCUCUAAGGGAAAGGAGUCUCUCCUGGAGCUGUGAGCUGUGCUGCCUGGGGUUGGGGGACUGGUGACAUAAACACUCCUUUGGCUCCCCAGCUGGUAUCUCACUAGGCUGUGUGCACCCCAAGUCCACGGGCUCUGAGCUCAGCACAGCACCAGGACUUGCCCAGGAAUUGCAGUAUUUGUGGCCUAGACUGCCUUUCUAAUUUAUUUAGGACCCUGAAGCGCUUUAGCCAGUGGUGGUGGGGCUCGCCGGAACCUGACCGCUGGGAUGGAUGAUUCCCCUCUGGCUAGGGUUUCUCUAAGUGCUUCCUCUGUGGGCACUAGCUGAAUUCUGCCCUGAGUUGCUUUCUACUGUGACAGGGCAGCACUCAGUUCCAAUGCAAAGUCCCAUAAGCACACAGAUUCUCUCUCUGUGCCGGGCAGCCAGCUGCUGCCAGAGGAUGAGGGAGGGGUGGUGGUAGCAAUUCAAGACUGUCUUUCCUACCCUCUUCAUUGCCUUGUUCCUUUUUUUUUCUUCUUCUUCUUUUAUGAGAUAGAGUCUCACUCUGUCAGUCAGGCUGGAGUGCAAUGGCAUGAUCUCAGCUCACUACAACCUCCACCUCCCGGGUUCAAACAAUUUUCCUGCCUUAGCCUCCGGAGUAGCUGGGACUACAGGUGUGCACUGCCAUACUCGGCUAAUUUUUCUAUUUUUAGUAGAGACAGGGUUUCACUAUGUUGGCCAGCUAGGUCUCAAACUCCUGACCUCAGGUGAUCUGCCCGCCUCAGCCUCCCAAAGCACUGGGAUUACAGGUGUGAGCCACCGCGCCCGGCCAUUGCCUUAUAUCUUGAUGUGAUGUUAAAACCAACUACUGUGAUUGCUAUCUGAGUUUUGAUUCUCAUGAAGGUGCUUUCUUGUGUGGAUAGUUGUUCAGUUUGGUGUUCCUGCCAGGGAAGAGGAGGAGGAGGCUCACUGGAGGGUUCUAUUUGGCCAUCUUGCCCCACCUCCUAGAAGGAGUCUUGAAUGUGCCGUUCCUUUUACCAUUAAUCUCCACAGCUCCUGCAUGGUCUCAGAUGUAGCCUGGACAGGAGGCCAGGUAAAGUUCAAUAAACAUAUGAGAGAAGAAUAAACCAGGUGGGCUCCCAAAAAAGAGCCAGCUGAAGGGGAAUGUCCAGUCGCAAGGACCACAAUGAGAUGGAUAUGGACACAGGGCAACCUCUGGAGAGGGGUCUAGAAACCAGGUCUCUUGGGUGAAACAGGAAAGGGCAGUUUAAAGAAAGGCAUCAUCCCCAAAUCUGAUAAACCAAUACACUCUACUUUUUAAAGUGUAUUGGUUUAUCUUUAUUUGGCAGUCUUGGAACUCUUCCUUUUAUAGCUUUUCCCCUGGGCAGAGGGAGGUGACGUGAUCUGAGAAGUUCCAGGGCAGGCAGAGUAGUGAAGAGCCUGGAAAGAACUGAGGGGCAGGAACUGUCUUGUUCGCUUAAAGCAGGCACAAAAUUGGCGUUCAGUAAGUGUCUGUGGCACCACCGAAACCCGGAGUCAGGCUUCCGCUGGCCUGAGCACAGGUUGCUCGCGGACCUGGCUGACCUCCUCCACCGGCCCCAGAUCCCCAGAUGCGAAAAGCCCUGUGGGCCAGGCGAUCAGCCGCGCGCAGACGUCCCGGCCCCGGCCCCGGCCCCGCCCUCGCCCUCGCCCUCGCCCUCGCCCUCGCCCUCGCCCUACUGAGGGUGCGCAGAUGGCACCCGCCUUUUACGACGCACCGGAAAGCAACGGCAACGGCCGCAGCCAGCACCGGGUGGAGUGGGCCACCAUGGGGAAAAUCGCGCUGCAACUCAAAGCCACGCUGGAGAACAUCACCAACCUCCGGCCCGUGGGCGAGGACUUCCGGUGGUACCUGAAGAUGAAAUGUGGCAACUGUGGUGAGAUUUCGGACAAGUGGCAGUACAUCCGGCUGAUGGACAGUGUGGCACUGAAGGGGGGCCGUGGCAGUGCUUCCAUGGUCCAGAAGUGCAAGCUGUGUGCAAGAGAAAAUUCCAUCGAGAUUUUAAGCAGCACCAUCAAGCCUUACAAUGCUGAAGACAAUGAGAACUUCAAGACAAUAGUGGAGUUUGAGUGCCGGGGCCUUGAACCAGUUGAUUUCCAGCCCCAGGCUGGGUUUGCUGCUGAAGGUGUGGAGUCAGGGACAGCCUUCAGUGACAUUAAUCUGCAGGAGAAGGACUGGACUGACUAUGAUGAAAAGGCCCAGGAGUCUGUGGGAAUCUAUGAGGUCACCCACCAGUUUGUGAAGUGCUGAUCCCUCUUCCUUCCCAGUUGCCCUUAAGAACUGAGAAAGGACAAAGUACUCUAAGCAGCAGAGCCCACAGAGGCUGGUUCCUUUGACCCUUGUCUCCUGGUGGCUGUACGAAACCUUCACAAUCUGCAUGCUGGACUUUAUUACAGCUUCCCAAGCCCCAUCAAUAAAGCCCCUGUUCAUGCUGCACUGGUGCAUGAAGGUGAAGUAAGGAGGCAGCUACUCCCUUCACAAAUAAGAAUUCGUGCAGCAGCAGUUCACUCCUUAGGAAAAUGAAGAGUAUUUUUAAGGAGAUGGUAUCUCCCCAGUCAAGGGCAAGUUUACAGAGAUGAAACCACAGUCCCACCAUCACUCAAUGAGCCAGAAGCCAAAGGUGACGUACUGUUACCUGAACUUACUGAACUUGCUGUUGGGAAGAUCUUUGUGAGGAUUAGGAAUUAGGUUAAAAGAAAUUAAGAACCAUCUUCAAGCAAAAAUUAAACUUUAUUUCUGCUUAAACAAUAAAUACACCUGAGUUAGUUUUCCAAACCUUUCCUCCUGAUUAAAUGCCCUUAAAACUGAAA